AUGUCUCUUCCUCCGGAUCUGAAAGUGCUCUGCCGCCGACUGACUUCAACACCACCAGCUCAGCUGCCUCACUCAAUCCCGGCCUUCAUCAACCAUGUCAUCCGCUGCAAAGAUGUCUUGUCUGCGCCUCAGGAUCCCAAGGCAACAUCCAGCUCAUCCGAGGCUGCUACUCUGGUCCAUAAGCUGAGAACCAUCAUCAUGACUCUGCUGAACGGCAAGAGUGCCAUGGGGCGCUUCACCGGUGCAACCCUCGUCAAGGCCGUCAUCGACGUGGGCGGCUGGGAAUGUCUGAAGGAAUCCGGCAACUGGGUUCGCGGACUCCUGGCCAUGCUCCAGAAAAACGACCCCUUCCCGGUCAAGGAGAUCGCCAUUGUCACCCUCGUCCGCAUUUACACCCUCAUUCACGGUUAUCAAACCCUCACCAGGGAGAUCGCGACGCCCACCAUCCCGACCUUCUUCAACGCAUGCCUACAGCUGAUCAAGCUCCCGGCGGCGGGCCAGCGCCUCAAGACGCCACUGACCGUCGUCGAGACCGUCCUUGACGCGUUCUCCGCCCUGAUCCCGGCUUACCCGACCACCUGCCGCCCCUUCAACGGCCAAGUCAAGACAGCCAUCCGGCCAUACUUGGCGCCUACCUCUUCUGAUGGCACGACGGUGCCCCAGUCCCUUCGUAAGGCUAGCAGACACCUGGCCAUCUCGCUACCGCUUACCACGGCGGGCAAAACGGGACCCGGUGACGACUGGGCCAAGCUCGUUGACGGUCUGAGGAAAGAAUUCCACUCGACUGCUGACCAGGUCUUCCGCGCCGUCCAGGAGUCCUGGGAGGCCUCGGCGCCGUACACCCGCUCCAAGGUCGACUUCGACACGCAGCCGCAGGGUCUAGAGACACCCGACCAGUUACCUCAAUGGACCGGAAUCUCGGCCGGCCGUGACAGACUCGUCGGUCUACUCCAUUACCUGUCUGACGCGCUCCGUUACUCGACCAAGACACCCGUCACAAUCCCCAUCGCUUCUCUCAUGGACGUCGUCUCUCGCGUUGCGCUCAUCAGCCGCAACUCCAAGUCCCAAUCAUGGGACCAGGCAAUCGAGACUCAAGCCGCCGUGGGUAGAGAAGAGAAGGAGGAACUUUGGGCUGCGAUGCCUGACAUCCACGUCGCCGCCCUGGACCUCCUUCUCGUUCUGGUGCAAAGGCUGGAGCGCAACGCACUAUCAACCGUCCCGGAAAUCUACGACAACAUGGUUCUCAUCUUCCGCUCCGGUAUCGACAUCCCUACCGUCCGCGCUGCCACCUACAUGCUCCUGGACGAGACGCUCCCGAUUGCCGGCCCCGGCCUGCAGAAGCUCACCGUUGAGACGCUCGGCAUCGUCUCGCUCGCCUGCUGCCGCGAUAUCCAACAAGAGUCAGGCUACGUCAAGGAAACGAAACCCGCUACCAAGACCGCCACCGAGACCAAGAAGAACAACAUCGCCGCCAACGCCGACCUCUUUCUUCCUUCGCAGACCGCCGCAGACUCGACAUCCACGUCCAGGCCAACCCUCGACCCGUCCCAUCGUGCCGCCGCCGACUCCCUCCUCGCCAGCUUGCUGACUCACCUCCCCCAGCAGCACCUCAAGCCCGGCCUUCGCGGCCUCCUGGACCAGACGGCUAUCCUCUCGCGCAACCGCGACGCCAUGAUCGCCAGCGUGCUCAACCCUUACGUCAACCAGGGCGGUGCCAUGUUCCCCAGCAUCCUGCCCUUCCUCUCGCAGCAGUUCCCGCACGAUCGCGGCGUCGAGAUCCUGCGCUCCAACAUCCGUACCUCGACUCAGGGAUCUUCGGACGUUCUCGAGGGCGUCGACGCCACGCUCGAGGAGCUCGAGGCCGAGGAGGCCGCCAGGGAUGGCGACGAGGAAAUCGUUUCGGAGAUCGAGGUCAAAGGUGACGCGGAAGACCAGGAGAUGAAGGAAGCCGCGGCCGAGGCAUCGUCGGCUAGCGAGACAAUCGUCGUUGCCAACGACGACGACGCCGAGGACAGCAGCAACCCGUUCCGCCCGUCAAAGGACGCCGGCGGAGGCGGCUCGAUCGAGGUCGUGAACCCCUUCGCCGUGACGUCUGCUCAGAAGCGCAAGCUCGACGACGAGGGCGCGAGCCCGCCCAAGAGGCAGAGCGUCGAGAGGAAACCUGAACGGACGGUCGCUGCCGCCCCGGAGCCGGAAGGGGACGACGACGAUAGCGACGAUGAGAGCGUUCACCUGAACAUGGACCUUGAUGAUGAUGACGAAGAAGAGGACGAGGAGUAG